GCCCUACGUCAGCACGUCGCGGUCACGUGACCAGCGUGCCCGGUGACGUGUUCCCCAGCUGAGCCUGUAUAGAGCCUGCUCAGACCUCAACAUGCUAACAGAAGACACCAACGAUGAAGACGUGUCUCUGUUUGACGCGGAGGAAGACGUGAAGAAGAAGAAGAAGAACAUGAAACACCCCCUGGCCUCCUUCUUCCACCUGUUCUUCCGGGUCAGCGCUGUGCUCGUCUACCUGCUCUGCGGCCUCUUCAGCAGCAGCUUCAUCGCCUGCAUGGUGGCCAUCAUCCUGCUGCUGUCAUGUGACUUCUGGACCGUAAAGAACAUCACUGGGAGGCUGAUGGUGGGUCUGAGGUGGUGGAACCAGGUGGACGACGACGGACACAGCCACUGGGUGUUCGAGUCCAGGAAGGGCGCCGGGAAGCCGGCGGUGUCGGAUUCCGAGUCGCGGAUCUUCUGGAUCGGGCUGAUCGUGUGUCCGGUCCUCUGGGUGGUCUUCGCCUUCAGCACCCUCUUUUCCUUCAAGAUCAAAUGGGUGCCGGUGGUGGCGAUGGGGGUGGUGCUGCAGGGCGCCAACCUCUACGGCUACGUGCGCUGCAAAGUGGGAGGCAAGACCAGCUUGAAGAACAUGGCCACCAACUACUUUGGACGGCAGUUCCUCAAACAGACGCUGUCUAAAGAAGAGGAAUCGUAGGGAUUUAAACACGUUUGCAUUAUUCCUAAUGCUGUUAUAUAUUCAUUCUUUUAGCGGGUUGAGAAACGCGGACGUAAAACUAACGGGUUUUGGGAUUUAUUUCCUUCUCCCCUUCAUGCGUGACUCAGUCCCAGUGGAGAGGCUCCGUUUCCACGGAGACGUCCAGAAGCUGCAGCCCAGUAACCCGACACUCGCAUACUUUAACUGAUACUUUAGCGCGAACGCACCAGUGGAAAAAGAGCGUAAUGGCUUUAAAAGUCAACGUGACUGUAGUUUAGAUGUGUUUAGUUUAUUUGCCUCUUGACUUUAAUCUUUAUAAAAUAAAAGAAGAAGAAGAAAAAAAGAGAUGUUUCUUAGAGGUUUUCUACAAACAAUUAUUUUUUGUUUGUAUAAAAAGGUUGUGGUUGUGUAAAGUAUUCCAGGAGCUUGUAAAUAUGUAUGUAAAUAAUCUACGUGGAACAUCUUCUUAUGGCGCAAAUACAUUUGUAACUUCUUUUUUUUUCCGAACAGUGUUAUCGUUUCUUCUUUUUUUUCAAUAGUUUAAACGAGUUUGAGCGAUUGAUUCGGGUUUUUUUCUUCAGCUUUUGGUUUGAGGGGAAGUCGGGGAGAGAUAUUUAAAGUCCUGACUUGUGGAACGUAAUUUAAUAAAAAUUUGAAUAAAAUAACUUAAGAAAAACCUAACUGA